AUGCGCAUUCGGCUGCAGGGGACGCCCCCGUGGCUAGCAGCAGCAGCAACGGAGAACCACCAGCCAGCAGCAGCAGCAGCAGCAGCAGCAGCACCGGCGGCAGCAGCAAACGCACAGCUGGCCACGACAGGGGCGGGAGCAGCAGCAGCAGCAACAGCAGCAACAGCAGCAGCAGCAGCAGCACGAAAUAUGACAAUGAAACUAAUUGUAACAGACACGCAACUAGCUCAGCUCUACAAACGAAUUGCAGGCAUCUAG